ACCGCCACAACCAUUACCUUCGUCUUCUUCUAUAAAAACCUUAUUUUCUUUCUAUGAUGAAACAAUUAUCUGCUAAGACAAAAUAAUCCCUUUCUCAAGACGACGAUAGACAGAGAAAGGCGCUGUCCAGGAGGCACGAUUCAGUAGUAACAAUGGCGGUCAACAUUACCGCAAUUAAAACAUCGUCGGACGGUGCAUGGCAAGGCGAAAAUCCCUUAAACUACGCCUUCCCUCUCUUGAUAGUUCAGACAACCUUAGUCAUCGUUAUCAGCCGCUGUCUCGCCUUUCUCCUCAAGCCUCUCCGACAACCCAAAGUCAUCGCCGAAAUAGUCGGUGGGAUUAUUUUGGGGCCAUCAGUUCUCGGCCGAAACAAAACCUACUUGCACCGAAUCUUUCCGUCAUGGAGCACUCCGAUACUCGAAUCUGUAGCAAGUAUCGGACUUCUGUUCUUUCUAUUUCUCGUGGGCCUUGAGCUUGAUUUAAACUCCAUACGCCGGAGUGGACGAAGAGCUCUAGGCAUCGCUGCAGCCGGAAUAUCACUCCCUUUCGUCUCUGGUAUCGGUGUUGCCUUUGUACUUCGAAAAACAAUCGAUGGAGCUGAUGAAGUCGGAUACAGCCAAUUCUUCGUCUUCAUGGGAGUAGCUCUUUCCAUAACGGCCUUCCCCGUCCUCGCUCGUAUCCUUGCCGAGCUUAAACUGCUAACAACCCAAGUGGGCGAGACCGCCAUGGCCGCAGCAGCGUUUAACGAUGUUGCGGCGUGGGUGUUGUUGGCUCUAGCAGUGGCUCUUGCGGGUAAUGGUACCGGCGGGGAACACAAGAGUCCAUUGGUGUCCGUGUGGGUGCUUCUGUCUGGUGUGGCGUUUGUUGUAUUUAUGGUGGUUGUGAUUCGGCCGGCGAUGAGAUGGGUGGCACGGCGGUGUUCUCCGGAGCAUGAGGCAGUGGACGAGGCGUAUAUUUGCUUAACUUUAGCAGGGGUAAUGGUGUCCGGGUUUAUGACAGACCUUAUCGGGAUACAUUCGAUAUUCGGGGCGUUUGUUUUCGGAUUGAUGAUACCGAAGGAAGGGGAGUUUGCUGAGAGACUAAUAGAGAGGAUAGAAGAUUUUGUGUCGGGUCUGCUCUUGCCCCUGUACUUCGCAUCGAGUGGAUUGAAGACGGAUGUUGCUACAAUACGCGGGGCACAGUCGUGGGGGCUGUUGGCGCUAGUAAUUAGCACGGCUUGUGCAGGGAAGAUCCUCGGGACGUUCUUGGUGGCGAUGUUGAACAAGAUGCCGGCGAGGGAGUCGUUGACGCUUGGAGUAUUGAUGAAUACGAAAGGCUUGGUGGAGCUCAUCGUUCUCAACAUAGGCAAGGAAAAGAAGGUGCUGAACGAGGAGACAUUUGCCAUCUUAGUGCUGAUGGCACUCUUGACCACCUUCAUUACCACUCCAAUUGUAAUGGCCAUCUACAAGCCAGCGCGUCGAAGCUCCCUUCGCAUACCGCGAAAGCUACAACGUGAUUACUCUCCGUCCGGUGCCAGUGCCACCAAAGGAGGCGACGAGCUCCGAAUCCUCGCUUGCGUCCACGGACCGGCCAACGUCCCCUCCCUCAUCAAUCUCAUCGAGUCCACUCGGGGUCCCAAGAAAUCCCCUCUCAAGCUCUACAUCAUGCAUCUUGUGGAGCUCACCGAACGCUCCUCCUCCAUCGUCUUGGCUCGACGCGCCCGCAUGAAUGGCCUUCCCUUCGGCGGUGGCCACCAUCUCCGCAACAGGGGCGGCGAGUUCCACGACCGAGUCGCCGUCGCGUUUGAGGCGUACGGACAACUCGGACGAGUCAAGGUCCGUCCCAUGACGGCCAUCUCUGCCAUGCCCACCAUGCACGAGGACGUUUGUCAUGUGGCAGAAGACAAGGGGGUGAGCAUGAUUAUCCUGCCUUUCCACAAACACGGGAGAGGUGACGCAGCGAUGGACAACGUGGGGUCUGGUUGGAGAGGGGUCAAUCAGAGGGUGCUAAGAAACGCACCGUGUUCGGUGGCGGUGCUUGUGGACCGUGGAUUAGGUGGCCAGGCUCAGCAGACGCCGGUGCCAAGUGCCACCGUGGCGCAGGGUGUAUGCGUGGUGUUCUUUGGUGGGCCUGAUGAUCGCGAGGCGCUGGAGUUGGGAGGGAGGAUGGCGGAGCAUCCGGGGGUUAAAGUAACGGUUUUACGAUUUAUUGAGAAUAAUGGAGCGGAGAGCAACGGCGUUCUGUUACGACCGACACCGGAGAAAAGUUCAGAGAAGAACUAUAGCUUCUCAACUGCUGUUAUGGACCGCGAAAGAGAAAAGGAAAUGGAUGAGAGCGCGGUGGCUCAGUUUCGAAGGAGGUGGGAUGGGUUGGCAGAAUACACAGAGAGAGUAGCGAGCAACAUCGUGGAGGGGGUAUUGGCAAUAGGGCGGAGCGGAGAGUUCGAGCUGAUUGUAGUGGGGAGAGGACGGUUCCCAUCAAAAAUGGUGGCAGAGCUGGCUGAGAGAACGGCGGAUCAUGCCGAAUUAGGACCAAUUGGCGACAUUUUGGCUUCACCAGGUCACGGAGUAGUGUCGUCAGUGCUUGUGAUCCAACAGCACGACGUAGCCCACAUGGAUGAAGCCCCGGUUUCCAAGAUAGCUGACGGUAACAAUGCAGUCGGGAGAACAUCUACCACCAUCACCAAUGCCUCUCCUGUUUGAAAGGAAAUUGCGAGGAGUUGCCGUUAUAUCUAUGUAUAUGUAUAAUUAUUGGCUGCUUUAAUUCUUUCUAUAAAGCCUCUAAUUAAAAUUCGGUAUUUUGUAGCCAAGCCUAUGUUUAAUGUUUCUUCCCCUGUGUUUUGUGGAGGGAAAUUUGAAAUAUAUAUCUGGUUCUUUCCUUAUGAGGUUUAACGGUCCUUCAA